AUGUUAUCAUCAUCUCCGCCGCCUCCUUUUACCGCUUUUGUCAACUUCCCCUCGAGAUUUUUCACAUCGCUCAUCACCGCCGCUCUUCUCCGCACAUACCCAUCAUUGUCAAUUCUCUCUUCUCUUCCCGCUCCGCCGCCUCUCCCACUUCUCCAAUGGGCCGACUAUGACCUCCUCAACCAUGAACUCACUCUUUCUCAAGCGCACUCGGAUUUAUCCCGAGUCCUAUCUUGCAGCUACGUUAUCCGAAAAUCUCUCAUAAGGAAACACUAUCUUGCCUCCACCGUUGCGCAGUGGCUUGCAAAACAUCCUUCUUCCCUCCUGGGUGCUGCAGUCCCCAAGACAUGGGCGGUGGAAGUACGCUUCGCAGACGAGCUGGAGGAGUUAUGGGCCGAUGAGCUGUGGGAUCUUGGUAAAUAUUUGGAUGAACAGGAGGAAGCUGAGGAGGAAGAGGAGAGGAGGUGGUAUAUCCUCAAGCCGGGGAUGGCGGACAAGGGUCAGGGGAUACGCAUGUUCAGCUCGAAACACGAACUCGAGGAGAUCUUUGAAGAGUUUGAGGAAGAGAGCAAGGAUGAUGACGAUGACGACGAAGAUGCAACUGCACUUGUCGAUGGGGAGAAUGGAAAACAAGACGGAGGGAGGAAUGGGGAGAGUACGAGAGUUAAUGCCCAGCAAAUGAGGCAUUUCGUUAUUCAAGAAUAUGUUCCCCGUGCACUCUUACUCAACCCUCUCGCUCCGCACACGCACUCUCUGACACCACAUAAGUUCCAUCUACGAGCAUACGUCGUCUCCUCCCGCUCUUCACCUCUCACACUCUACCUCCACCCCCGCUUGCUCGCUCUCUUCUCCGCACUGCCUUAUGUUUCCCCACGAGCACCAAUGACACAGGAGUCGUUGAUGGGGCACUUAACGAACACGUGUUUGCAGAAAGAAGAGACGAAGGAACGGUUCGUGUUCGAAUUGGCCGAACUAGUGGGGUGGGAGUACGCCCUCCCGCUUCCGGCAACCAAUACCCAUAGAACCGGGAGCGCAAGUGGGGUCAUCACGGAGGAAGAUCUUGGUGCGAUCACCAGAGGUGUGGGAGAAGUGUUGGCCGAGACGUGGAGAGCUGCUCUAGGUGCAGGGCAGGUGCACUUCCAGCCUCUACCGAACGCCUUCGAGCUGUUUGGCUGCGAUCUCCUCGUCUCUCUCCGUCCGCCUGUAGCCGUACCUUGCUCAGGGGCAAGCCAGCACAAUGAGGGCAAGUUCUUAAUCCACCUCCUGGAGAUCAACGCCUGCCCCGACGUGGAGCAAACAGGAACACGACUGAAUGGGGUGAUCGAGGACCUUGUAGGGGGCAUCGUGCAGGACAUUGUUGUGCCAUGGGCCAGGGAGAUAGGCGGCCCUGAACCGGGAGAGGUUGGACAUACAUUGCAACCAGGCGCCGGCCUGGUCAAGAUCUUGGAGUUGGGGGUUCGGGGCGCAUGA